GCCCACCGUGAUGCUGGCUGCGGCUGCUCGCCCCCUGCGGGGGCCCUGUUCGAGAUUCUGGGCCACGGCCCUGCUCCAAACCAGGCUGCCAUUAUUAGGUAUUUGUGCCCUGAGGCUAAUGAGAAGCAGCUGCCAUCAAAGAAGAAGUGAAACUCUGGCCGGAGCCACUCUGGACAAUGCCCCCAAGCAGUACCCUCCUAAGAUUCAGCAGUUAGUACAGGACAUCGCUGGCAUCACUCUACUGGAAAUCUCUGAUCUCAACGAGUUAUUGAAGAAAACGCUGAAGAUCCAGGAUGUGGGGCUGGUGCCAAUGGGUGGCAUGGUGCCAAAUGGUGCUACGGCAAAGGUUUCCCCUGAGGCAGCAGAUGAAGAAGAGGCACCAAAACAGAAGGAACGAACACAUUUCACUGUUCGGCUGACAGAAGCCAAGCCUGUGGAUAAAGUAAAACUAAUCAAGGAAGUAAAGAAUUACAUACAAGGCAUAAACCUUGUCCAGGCAAAGAAGCUGGUAGAGUCCUUACCCCAGGAAAUCAAAGCCAAUGUUGCCAAAUCAGAAGCAGAGAAGAUUAAAGCAGCCUUGGAAGCAGCUGGUGGCACUGUGAUUUUGGAGUAGGAGUUUGGGGUUCUGGAGGACUUGUGCAAAGUGGGGUUUAUUCCAGUUCAGUCUGACCACUUGGGCAGUUGCCCCAUGUGUAUUACUGCCUGCAGACCCGAACAGAUGUGCUUAACCAGUGUGGGUAG